CGGUGGAGAGGAGGCGGGCCGAGGAAGCGGAGGCCAAAGCGGGGAGGGCUCCCUCUCUCCUUCCUUUCUCUCUCCGAGCUUCAGCAUGCCACCCAAGGAUAGCAAGCAGAAGAAGGAUUCGGGCAAGUCCAAAAAGGACAAGGACCCAGUCAACAAGUCUGGAGGCAAGGCUAAGAAGAAGAAGUGGUCCAAAGGAAAGGUGAGGGACAAGCUCAACAACCUGAUCCUCUUCGACAAGGCCACAUACGACAAGCUGUACAAAGAAGUCCCUAACUACAAGCUCAUCACACCUGCUGUUGUGUCUGAGAGGCUGAAGAUCAGAGGUUCUCUUGCCAGGGCUGCCCUUCAUGAACUGCUAGGCAAAGGUCUGAUCAAGCUGGUGUCGAAGCACAGGGCUCAGCUGAUCUACACACGUAACACCAAGGGUACAGAUGAGGCUGCCCCUGAAAAAGAAGCAUAAUGAGGUUCCUCCGUGGGAUGUUAUGGUCUUUUGUAUAGUUAAAUAAACCAACAACAACAACAACAAA